AAAUAGCAUGGACACUGAAUGCAAGACACCCAAGCUCCUCUGCAGCAGGAUGGAAAACAAUGCUUGCGAAUUACCAUCCAGUGCCGAUAUUAAAAAGCCCCUAAAACCUUUCCCUCCCACUGACGUUAUACUUGAGGUAGAAGGAAUGGAUUACACCUCAAUAAACAGGUGUUGAUGGACAAAUCACCCAUGUUUAAGGCUAUGUUUGAAAUCGACUUAAGCGAAAAACACAAACAAAGGAUACCUCUGCCAGGAAAGAAGUAUACAGAUUUUGUGAAUUUUUUAUACACCUUUUAUAACCCCGAACUGGUGGCUCCAAUAACUGAGAAAAAUGUACUGGUGGCAGGAUCUCUGGCAGAUGAAUACCAAAUAAUGGACCUCAAAGAUAAGUGCGAAUCAUUUAUCUUAGAAAAUUGCAAACGUGCAUCUGAAAACAGAGAGAUCUGUAUUGAUAUAGAAACUCUUCUGGAAUAUGCUUCGUACGCCGAAAAUCACAAUAUGCCUUUGGCCCUUUCUCUGAUUAUAAAACUUUGCUCAAAACACAGUAAUGAGUCUUUGAAAAAGGCAAACCUUGAAGCAAAGGUUUCAGCUGAUACACACCGAAAAAUUCUGGAUAUUCGAUGUUCUCUCAUGGAACGUAAAGUAGCAACUAUUCAACUAUAA